AUGUUGCACGAAAUAGCCCGAAGAUGCAUUAAUGUGAGCAAACAUGAUGAAACCAUCUUUAACCAACACAAUUCUUUACUUGCAGUGCGUGGAGAUAAACAAUUGCAUAUACUAGAGUAUUCCUACAAUGUGUUAUGUUUAGACAAGAAGUUGGAUUUUGUGGAAUCAUCAAUUGUUUGCCCAAGAAGUAGUUCUACAUCUGAGUUUUCUAAAGAGUAUGCAAGUAAAGGAAUCAGUAAUAUAGAACUUGUUGAAUUUGUAACAAACCCUUAUUUCUGGCCAUAUAGUAAUGACUUGAAACAAGAAAUGACUAAUAUUGUUGCAUUUGAGUGGUCGCCAUCAGAUCUUAUUUUUAAUAAUCAAAGUGUACUUGCCAUUUUGAAUUCUGUUGGUAAUGUGGAAUUCUUUGGUCCACAACAAAAAGUUUGGUGUAGUAUUGUGAAAUUUUCAGAUAUUAUGAAACACUAUGUUAUGUCUGAAUUACAGAUAGAUGUGGGUGAAAAAUGUAAGACAAUAGAGAAAUUAAAGGAAAUAGUGUAUGGUAUUGGCACUAGUGCAAUAUGUUGGGGACCCAAUAUUAAUGAAGACAGCUCAAGUAUUUUUGUCACAGCUCAAAGGAAUAGUACUAUUAUAUUUUGGUCAAUUAAAUUUACUAAUACUGACUUGAGUGUGGAUGUUUUGGGAAAAAUUUAUGCUGAUGAUGAAGAAAUCAAAACCUUAGCAUGGAUACCGUACUCAGAUAACUUGUUUUUAUUUAUUUAUGCCAAUGUAUUGGGAGAGGUUGUUGGAAAGGUUUGUAAAAUAGAAGGGAAAAAAAUAUUAGAACAAGCAACAAUUGUUUUAUGGAAAUGGAAAGAUAGAAUGGUACCCAAAAACAUACAGUAUAUUAUUGAUGGCAAUUGCUUACUGAUUAUAUAUCCUAAACAUAGACACUUGGUGGUGCAGAUGUUUGAUAAAGAUUUUAAAUUACUCAACAAAGUUGUUAAUGUUGUCAAUGAUGAGAAAAUUUCAGUUUUGACUAAAACAUCCGCCGGUCUAUAUAUAGGAACAAUAAAUACUAAAAUAUAUAAAUUAAUUUAUAAAGUGACGAAAAAUGCCCUCACUAUUGAGUUUGAAAGUAUAAUUUUAAAAGACUCUUAUGUAAAUCAUGAGCUAUAUGGUCUCACAUUUUCACCCAAUGAAAUAAUUUGUCAUCUUGUACUUGCUAAUAGGAGAGUUAAUGUCAGAAAAGAACCAUUGCAUAUGUUAGUUGUAUCUCUUAGUUGUGAAGAUCAAAUUGAAAAUGUUUUGCUUGAUAAUCCUUCAAAGAAGUUAACACAUAUGUGGGACUGCAUUGAGUUAUUAAGGUAUAAGACAAUGAAAAGCAAGAAAUUACCUUCACUUAAUUAUGUAAAUCUCUAUAAUGAGACUAACACAGAUAUAUAUAAAUUAAAAGUUUAUUUGAUCCUAGUAAAGCUUUACAAUAAUUUAGAAGAAAUAUUGAAGAAUCAAUCCAAAGGAUUAUUGCCUGAGACAUCAAUAGAAGUUGUUCAAGAUAAAUUACUGGCUGCUCAUGCAAAGGAAACUAUCAUAAAUAAAUAUGAACAGCACAAAAAUCCUACAUUUAAUGGUUUUGAAAAGGAAUGGUUAUCAGGAUGUUGCAAAUACCUCGAAUAUUAUAGUAAAAAAUAUGAAAUUCCGAAAAAUAACAUAAUUCCAAAUACUGUUUGGGAAAGUCUUAUUGCUUUGAUUACUAAAUCUGAGUUACCAACAUAUAAUUGUCUUUUUUGUGAUGAUUUGAUCGAGGAUUUUUCCUGUGCAAAUGGGCAUAAAAGUAUGUUCUGUUCUGUGACUUUUACCCCAAUAGACAGUGAAGAAUACCUUGUAUGUAAUUGCUGUGAGGUGACUGCAAGAAUGGAACUAUAUCAAUAUAAACCCUUAUGUGUGCUCUGUGAUGGUCAUUUAGAGUGUUAUAAUGUAUCAUUAUAA